AUGUUUUUAGUGAAAAAAAGAUAUGCUUCCUUUUUUAAUACUAUUUAUAAAUCCACAUUUUUCUAUAAAAAAUUGCCAAAUGAGCAAUAUGGAAGCAUUAGUAGUUUGCUCUGUAGCAGACGUUUUUUUGGGAGCAGAAAUUUUUAUGAUAUAUUAAAUGUAAAAAAAAGUAGCAGCAAAAAUGAAAUAAAACAAGCAUAUCGAAAGUUAGCAUUAAAAUAUCAUCCUGAUAGAAACCCUAACAACAGAAAAGAAUCUGAACAAAAGUUCAGAGAAAUUACAGAAGCUUAUGAAACAUUAAGUAAUGAUAAUAAAAAAAGUAUAUAUGAUAGCCAAUUGAAUAAUGGAUUUUCUUCAAACAGUUUUGGAAAUAAUCAUAGCAACAUGCCAAAUCAAAAUAUGAAUUAUAAUUUUAAAACUACAAGAAUGACUGAUGAAGAAAUUGAAAAUGUUUUUAAGAAUGUAUUCGGGAAUAUGAACAUUAAUGAUAUAUUCAACUCUAAUAUUUUUAAUGAGAAUCAUUUUAAGACAAGGACAAUGAGAAGCAACAUAUUCAGAAACUUUGAAUCGACUGAAUCCCAUGAAAGUGGCAAUCCAAACAUUAAACAAACAAACAUAAAGACAGAAAUAAUACCACGUGGAAAUAAAAUAAUUGAAAAAACCACAAAAAUUAUUAUUUACAAAGAUGGGAAAGUGAAACAAGAAGUUAUAGAGCGGGAUUUGAACAACAAUCGAGAAUUUGAAGGAAUCUUUGAUUAUUUUUCAAACUUAGAAAAUAACAAAAAAAAUGUAAAUAAUUAUAGUAUUUAUAGGUCGACGUCAAAUAGAAAUAUAAACAAUUUAGCUCAAAAUAAAGUGACAAAACAUAUUUUAAAUUAUAUGUUUGGAAUUCUUUCCAUUGCAACUCGAAAAAUACUUGUUAAUUUCACAAUUCAUUUAAUUAGAAAGAUAAUACAAACUAUCAUAUUUAUGUUCAAAAGGAGAUAA